AGAAUCCUAACUCAAUUUCUCAAACCCUCCCACACACAAACACAAUCGCACACAAUUACACAGAGAAAGAGGUGUACAUUUAUUUAAGAAAUGACCGGUGGAGAAGAACAAGAUGAAAAAACUUCAAAAACAAGAUGUUCAAAUAAAUCUCAUAUUUCAUUCAAUAAUUAUCCUACUUGGAAACACAAGCUAAGGGAGAAUUGUUACAAGAGGGUUCGAGCUGACCGGACUCAGCUGUUAUGGAAAAUGAGGUUAUCUGAUUCAAAGGACCAUGCUCCUGUACACAAGGAGUUAAUUAAAUCAACCUUUCAAGACAUCGUAUCUGAUGAAUUUAGAAAAAUAAAGGAGACACCAGUGAAAGACAGUUCAGAAACUAGUGAUGAUAUGUUAUGGGAAUAUGAUGGUAUUCAUGAUGCAUACCAAGGUGAAUGUGAAGAAAUUUUGUUGGAAAUGCAAAAGAUUUUCUACGAGGAUUUGCAUAAUGAACAGAUCGGAAAAGAAUCGGAUAACUAUAUGAAAUUAUGGGAAGAUGAGGAAGAUGAAUACCUAGCUCAUGCUGUUUUCGAGAAUAUGCAGCUGAGUGAUGACAAGGCGGGAAAAGAGGUCUGGUGUCCCGUAUGCUUGCAGGGAGAAUUGCAAGAGAAGCGGCAUCUUAUCUUUUGUUCACUUUGUGAACUUAAACUCAACAUAGGCGACGAGGUCACUUUGGAGUUUCUUCGGAAUCGAUUAGCUGAAGUUCACGGGCAGCAUUAUGAUAGGGGGUGUAAGCUUAGGCCGAAGUUCUGUAUAAAAUCAAGGUUUGAUUUGACUGCCAUGUACAUUGAGUGUGAAGGUUGCAGUACUUUUGAGGUUGUAAUUUAGCAUCUUUUAUUUGUGGAUUUUUUUUAUAUUGUCUUUUGUGCCAGUCUACUGCUUGUAGAACUUGCUCUCUUGUUUUUGUUUCUAUUUCUCAAUCUCUAUAUUUUUAUGAAUUUUACA